AUGGGGCUGCUCUCCAACAGAAUUGAUAGGAGCAUCCUCAAAGCAGGGGAUCACAUAUACUCAUGGCGCACGGCGUAUGUGUAUGCUCAUCACGGCAUAUACGUUGGGGACGAUAAAGUCAUACACUUCACGAGGCACGGCCAGGAAGUGGGCACGGGCACAGUACUCGACCUCCUCCUCGUCAGUUCGAGCCCCGCCGGGGCCCGAACCCCAUGCCCCACCUGCUCCCCGCCAGAGGACGGGCAUGGGGUCGUCAUCUCGUGCCUCGACUGCUUCCUGUCUGGCGGCAUUCUAUACCGAUUCGAAUACGCUGUGAGCCCGGCCCUCUUCCUGGCCAAGGCCCGCGGGGGUACCUGCACCCUGGCCAUCCCGGACGAGGACGAAACUGUGGUCCACCGGGCCCGAUACCUUCUGGACAACGGGUUUGGGUGCUACAACGUGUUCAAGAACAACUGCGAGGACUUCGCCAUCUACUGCAAGACGGGCCUGGUGGUGGACCAGAGCACGAUGGGACAGAGCGGGCAGGCGGUGUCCAUCAUAGGCGGGCCCCUCGCGGCCGUUUUGUCCACACCCCUGCGGCUCGUGACGACUAAUGUGUACGGCAUGGUGGCCACGGGUGUUGGGGUCUACUGCGCGAGCCGGUAUGCAGCGGAUAUAGGGAUGAGAAGGGAUGUGGUGAAGGUGCCCGUUGAGGAACUCACAACAAGGGUUGGGACGGGCAUCCUUCAGGUCCUGGAGCCGGCUCUUAUGGGCCCGGCAAGUUAG